GUGUAUCUUGCUGGGACUGUGAUGUUAAUAUUUGGAAUGGGACUAUAUGGACUAUUUAUCAGCAAUGUACCUCCAGAUGUUCCUCCUGCUGUUGAUCGUGCCCUCAAAGGAUCUUCCUUGUUUGGGAUGUUUGCUUUGAAGGAGAGACCUAAAUGGAUGAAAAUCAGCUCGCUGGAUGAAUUGAAGACGAAAUUGGGACAUGUCAUCGUCAUGAUCCUUCUAGUGAAGAUGUUUGAGAGGAGCAAGAGGGUGACUAUAGCUACUGGCAUGGAUCUAUUAAGCUAUUCUGUGUGUAUUUCUUAUCUUCUGCUUCACUGUACAUACUUCAUAAUCUGCACAGGUCAGAAUAAGUUGUUCUUGAAAAUGAGUUCAUUCAUAAUGUAG